AAAAUGCAAAUGCUGAAACCACUAUGGAAAUACAGUACAGUACAGACUCUCUAGCACAUUCAAAUUAACAUGUUUCCAAUUACAUCAGCAAUGACCAAAAUGAUAUAGAUACACACAGAAAUGAGGAACAACAAUGAAAAAGGCUUUUGUUUAGAGAAAUACACAAAUGAUGUGAUACAUGGAAUGAGGGAUGAGAGCAGAUAUAAAAAUCACAGAGAUUAAAGCUGCAUACAGAAACAUCAGGCUAAGGACAGAACCACACCUAAAAAAUGGACCAAACUGUAUAUUUCAUUCUUCUUCUCAUUGCUCUCUGCUCCAUAUCUGAAUGUGUUCAGCAUCAGUAUUAUGUUGUAAAUGAACACAAGACCUGGUAUGAAGCUCAGAGAUACUGCAGAGAGAAUUACACAGAUCUGGCCACCAUUGACAACAUGAAUGACAAGAAUGACGUGAACGAGCUGAUCAAGAGUGCGAAUGUCGGAGUUGUUGAGUUUGUCUGGAUUGGGUUGCAGAGGUCAGUUCAUAAUAAAUGGCAGUGGUCUUCAGGUGAACCUGCACUCUAUCUGAACUGGGCUACUGGACAACCUGGAGGCUCAGAUGAAUGUGCUAUGAUGAGAAAUGGGCGAUGGGAGACUCAGUCAUGUGGUAACAGCCUGAAUUUCAUCUGCAGUUCAUCUAAAGCAAACACAAGCCUUGUCUUUGUCAGUCAGACAAAGAACUGGAGAAGCGCUCAGAGUCACUGUAGACAGUAUCACAUUGAUCUGGUCAGAGUGAGAAACCAGAAUGAGAAUCAACAGGUUGAGAAGAUCAUGAAUGAUAGUAACAUAUCUGAAGUCUGGAUUGGUCUGUUCAGAGACCCAUGGCAGUGGUCAGAUCAGAGUAACUCUUCAUUCAGAUACUGGAAUACUGGUGAACCUAAUAAUGCUGGAGGUAUUCAAGACUGUACAGGUGUCAGUCAGCAGUACGGCAAUGUAGGACGGUGGCAUGACAUCUCUGGCAAAGGCCAGUUUCCUUUUGUGUGUCAUGAAGAUAAACUGAUCCUGAUCAAAGAGAAUCUGACGUGGUCUGAAGCUCUGAGAUACUGCAGACAGAAUCAUGUGGAUCUGGUCUCUGUUCAUUCAGAAGAGAUGCAGCGUCGUGUGAUGAAUGUGGUUAAACGGGCGUCUACUGCGGCGGUGUGGUUGGGUUUACACAACUACUGCAGCAUGAACAUGUGGCUCUGGCUGAGCGGAGAGAUCGUGUGCUAUCAGAACUGGGCUCCAGGGAACGGAACGACACCGGAAAACUGCCGCCUCGAGAAGAGAAAAGGAGCAGUUCAGUCUGGAGGAGAUCAGCGCUGGAUCAGCCUUCCUGAAUCUCACAAACUUAACUUCAUCUGCAGUAAUUAUGAGUGAAAAGUGAAAUGUUUUGUGAAAAUGUAAUGUUUGUGUGAUUACUUACAUUCACUGUUUUCAUACUUCAUUAUUUUAUCUUAUUAACUUAGUACUAUAUGUGUUUUAAACAUCUGUUUUAUUUCUGUAUUUUAAGUAGCAUGCAUAAGAAUGUGAUCUUAUCAACAUUUUCUAAAAACAAUGUUUAAUAUUCUUUAGACAUUUAAAAUACUAACAUAUGAUUACAUUUCUCUUUGUUUUUACUAAUCUUAUCUACAGUAAUAACUGGUUGAAUGUGAAUCUGUGAGCAGCAGUUAAUAAUAAUAAUAUUGUCUGUGUCUCAAAAUAAAAUCUACUUCAUAAAGGCAGAAGUGAAAGUUGGGGUAUAAAAUGUUGUGUUUGAUCCAAACAGGAAAGAUGAAAACCAUGAGAUAAACACAUGAUAACAGAACAUCAGCUCAAAUAAAUUAUAUUCUCAUC